AUGCAGAGGAUGGCAGCCUCCCCUCCUGUCCCCACAGAGUCCCUCACCCUCCGGGUGCUCCAAACCAUCAUCUUCCACAACGCCAGCUCCACGGACAUGUGGGGGACGGCCUUGCUGGGCGACCUGGAGACCCACUCCCUGGCCUGCAGCACCUGCGAGAUCCGCUUCCUGCAGCCCUGGGCCCGGCAGGGCCUGACCCCGAAGGAGUGGCAGGACCUGCAGGAGCUGAUCUAUCGCUACCUGUCUGACUUCAUCCGUCUGGUGAAGGCACUGGCUGCGGAAGAAGGAGAGGGCUACCCCAUUGUUACCCAGUUCUCCAUCGGCUGCGAGCUGCACCCCAACGGCUCCUCGAGGCGAUUCUGUGAUGCUGGGAUGAACGGUGAGGACUUUGUCAGCUUUGACACGGACAGCGGCAAAUGGGUCACUCGGCAGAGGGAUAAACUGAUGCUCAAAGCCCAGGAGAUUCUUAACUACAACAAGGUUGUGGCCAUCACGCUUCAGUUUCUCCUGAGAACAACGUGUGUCAAUCAGCUCAAGAGCUUUGUCCAGCAUGGGAAUGAGUCUCUGGCGAGGCAAGAGCGGCCGGUCGCCGUGGUGUUUGCCCGAGUGCCUCCCCCAGCCGGGCCCCCCGCGCCGGUACUGCUGGUUUGCCGGGUCACCGGUUUCUACCCCCGGCCUGUCCGCGUGGCCUGGCUGCAGGACGGGGAGGAGGUGGUGCCGGGCUGGUGGCUGAACUCCAGCGGGAUCCUGCCCAACGCGGACCUGACCUACCAGCUGCGCAGCUCCCUGGGCGUGGAGCCGGGCGCCGGGCACAGCUACGCCUGCCAGGUGCAGCACAGCAGCCUGGGGGGCCAGAGCCUGCUGAUCCCCUGGGAGCAGAGCAGGCCCUGGGGCCCCGGCCUGGUCGUGGGCAUCACCCUGGGGGUUGUGGCCAUAGCCGCCGUGGCCGUGGUGCUGUGGCGGAGCAGACGCAGGGGCUACCAGGACGUUAGACCAGGGGAGUCCAGGCCCUGAGGGUGUCACAGGCCCAGGCGUGGGGAUCAGCCCCUCCCCUGGGGACAUGGACAUUGGGGCUGGAUCCCUGCCCGGCUCCAGAGCUGAGGGCCCCAAGAACAGGACUGGAUCAAAGCGCUGGGAGAUCGGGGCCCUGUGGGGGGGGUGGGAUUCUUCUCCCUCUGGGACAUUCAGGGACACUUGGGGGACUGUGAGAUCGCUGAGUUCCAGGAUCUGCAGGGAGCCGGCACUGGCCUCUUCCAUUCAAUAAACCCUUCCGGGAGGGGCUGCCCAGUGGACCCCACCGGGGGCUGUAGGAGCCGGGGCCUGGCUGCAGGGGUCAGACACAGCUACGUACACAAAGGGGGUAGGGGUGUGGGAACCAGGAGGGCCCUGGCAGGGCCUUCAGGCUGAGCUGAGGUGCCCGGAAAGCAAGCGAGUUCCCCGUGGGACAUAGGCCCAGUAACCCCCACAGAGCCCUGACCACACUACGGCCUUUGGGGCGCUGGGGAGGCCGCUCCAAGUUGCUGGCUGGGCUGGGCUGAGAGCUCCUGGGGGCAGGGACCCUUCAUAGCUGGGUGUGAGGGACCCCGUGACAGGAUUGAAAUGAAACGGUUCGAGAACGGGCAGGAGCAGACGGCCAGGGUGGUGUUCACGGAGCUGCUCCACAACAGAGACUGAACCUUCCAGAUCCUGCUGGUGCUGGCGAUGACCCCCCGGCGCAGGGACGUCUACACCUGCCAGGUGGAGCACAUCAGCCUGUGCAGUGGGGUAAGAGCCUCUGAGUGUGGGGCAACCCCUGAGCCCGCUGGGGCACCCCUAGCUCUGUGGAGCCCCCUCAGGGGAUGGGCCGGGUCAGAUCCCCAUCCCCACCCCGGGGGCAGAGAGCAGGGACGUGACAAGGGGAAGGAGAAGCUGGGCUCCUGUUUUCACAGAAGCACCAACUGACUCUGCCAGGGGCAAGAUGCUGGCUGGGGUCGGGGGCUCCGUGCUGGGGUUGCUCUUCAUGGUCCUGGGAUUGCUCCUCUGCCUGAGGAAUAAGAAA